UUCAUUCAUAACACCACGAUGAAGAGACCAUUUCAACUUGCACUCACCAUUCUAACUUUCUUCCUCAUUCUUGAGCUAGGAGUAUUGGGGCAACAAGAAAGACGACAAUGCUCUACUAAUAUUCCAUUUAAAUCUGGAAAAUGUGUUCAUGAAGAAUGUAAAGCUGCGUGUACAAAGAUGCAUAAGAUCAGUGCAAGUAUCUGCAUUCCUCCUGGGAAGUGCCGCUGCUUUCAUUAUUGCCCCAAAGCUGCAUAA